CCGGGGCUCGAGGGGGCGGCGGGAGGGACGCGGGGACGCGCGGGAGGCGUCCAGCAGCCCGCUCCGCCUUGGAUCGCCCUGCCUCCGUGGUCCACUUCCUUCCGGGACAGCGGACGCCACUCCCCCCCGGAAAGAGCGGAAGACACAGUGGCCGACCCGGGCGUCCCUCCCCUGGGCUCAGCGUCUGAUGGAGAAGGAGCACAGAAUGAGAUGAACUGAUCGGUAGAAUUCUAGCCACAGAGGAACAAGUUAGAGGCCGGACCUCUGCUCAUUCUGGUCAACCUGGCUCACUCCAGUCGGCCCUGCUUGCUCAGUCCCUGCUCACUCCGGCACAAAGAUUUAUUUAUUAUUAUAUCUCUUUGCAGGUUUGAUGUCUUCCUGCCCAGAAAGCCUUCCCUGACGUGAACUGAGAUGCGAUUGUUCCUUCUGGCAUGGUUUGCAACUGGACCCUGACCCAGACCAGGAAGGCAACCUGCAUCAUGUGGUUACUAACUGCUCUUCAUUUACUUAUUGAUGCCUCCCAAAAAGAGAUGCAGACAGUCCCAGAAAGCCCAGCUGCUGUUCCACCAACAGCCACUGGAGGGCCCCAAACACCAUUAUGAAUCUCGCCAGCAGCCCAUUACCCAUACUGUACAGGUGCCUAGCAAGCCCAUUGAUCAGAGCACCGUCACUUCCUGGGUAUUACCUGAGUUUGAUGCAACAGCAGAAAGCCGGUUUCCAAUACACCGGAAACAUCACCGAGACCAGCCAAGACACCCAACUAGGAGAUCUACCUGCAAGUUUCCACCUCUGACCUUUGAGAGUCCACAGUCUUCCAGUUCAGAGACUUUGUUGCUAUCCAAGGGAGAGCAACCCCAGAGCUCAGAAAAGGACACGCCCAGAAGGCCUUUAGUGCCAUUGUUCAGUCCCCAGAGCUGUGGAGAACUGUCAGUGCAUGUACCUCAAAGCUUACCUCAUGUGUUCAUGCCCCCUGAUAUCCAGACCCCAGAGUCUUCUGUAAGAGAAGAUCCCAUUUCCCCAGACCAGAAGGAAAAUAGUCUUCCAGGUUGCAUCCUUGGCCCAGGGACUCCCAGCAGCCCAGAGCCAGGGCCUGUUCUGGUCAAGGACACCCCUGAGGAGAAGUAUGGGAUUAAGGUCACGUGGAGACGCAGAAGGCACCUGUUUGCCUACCUUAAGGAGAGAGGGAAGCUGAAUAGAAGCCAGUUCCUUGUGAAGAUCUGACUGGACUGCACAGGCUUCAGUUCAUCCCAAAGCUGCUGUGUGUGUGUGUGGGGGGGGCAGUUCUCAAGUCACUUGUGGUUUGAAAGGAUGAAGUGGAAUGAACAGCAAAGGAAGAUGACUUAGCCAGAGGCCUAGAGUUGGAAUGAAGUUUUUAGAUUUCCUUUCCAAGCCACCUCGGUUGAAUUUAGUAUCAUGAACUGUUGGUAUUUUUCUUACAUUAACUGCUUAAACCUCUGAUGUCUCUUGUACUGUUUACAAUGUUUGUAAAUAAAUGGCUGCCCUGAUUUUUAGAGAACCCUACCUUUGUCAGUAAUGCAGCCACAUGCCCAUCUAUAAAAGGUCUGCU